AUGGACGAGGAUGAGCCUACCCAAGCGACUCAAAAUGUCCUCGACCCUCGUCGCGUAGGGAAGCAAAAUUCGGGCUUCUCUGACGAGGACAUCUCCGAUAUCAUCUGCAUUCUGUAUCCUCACUCCGAGUCUGCCCGCCAAGAAGUGCUGCGCCUGGCACAUGACGACUCGCCAUAUAUAAUUGGGAAGGAUGAAAUGGACAAUGUCGAGCCCGAUUACGACCUCGAGGAUCAUGCCAGUCGCUUCGAAUCGAACCCCUCCGGACACGGCAACUACGCUCUUAUCCUACGACUUUCGUCCGGUGUCAAAAACCCAGCAUCUGGUUUCGCUUUCGGACGAAACAUCAACAGGUGUGAUGUCGUGUUCACGCACGAUCCCUACAAGCGUGUUAGCAACAUUCACUUUCGGAUAUAUGUCAACGAGUAUGGUAAUGUCAUGGUCGAGGACCAGUCCACGAACGGCACCUUUGUUGAUCGGACACUGCUACUCUCACGCUCAAAAGACCCAUCAAAGCCGCCCAUUACACGGCGGGUUCUGACUUCCGGCUCCCUCAUCAAAAUUCUCUUGCACAACGAGUCCAAGGACCUGACCUUUCGUGUCCGGAUACCACGACGAGACGAUGAGUAUGCAGGUGCGUACAACACCAAAGUCGCCGAGUACUUUGUUCGAAAUCAACUUGCUCGCGAAUCAGACACGAUACGUCCAAGUGACAAAGGCCCUCCUGAUAUCUUCCGAACGGCUGCCGAGAAUGCAGGCGGCGGGCAUAGGCCCAAGGAAACUACACCAGCCCGAUCCAUCAACAAACGUGGGGAGACCAUCCGGCCUGAGUGGAAUGGUUCUGGCAAGUACAACCGAGUCGGUAUGAUUGGCAAGGGAGCUUUUGCCGUUGUGUACAAAGUGACCUCGAAAUACGACGGGCGACCCUAUGCUGCAAAGGAAUUAGAAAAGCGGCGGUUCAUCAAGAACGGUGUUCUGGAUCAGAAAGUCGAGAAUGAGAUGAAAAUUAUGCAGCGGGUCGAGCAUCCAAAUAUUGUUCGGUACAUCGAGCAUUUUGACUGGGAUGAGCGCCUUCUCAUAAUCAUUAUGGAGUAUGUUCCCGGUGGUGACCUGGGAAAACUCAUAUCGGAAGAGGGCCCCUUCGACGAACAUAUGGUCAAGUCGAUGGCCAGGCAGCUUCUGGAUGCCUUGAAUUAUUUGCACACGAAGAACAUUACCCAUCGAGAUGUCAAGCCGGACAACAUUCUCAUCAACUCUCUGGAGCCCCUGGAAGUAAAAUUGACUGAUUUCGGCUUGUCUAAGAUGGUCGACAGCGAGCAGACUUUCCUUCGAACGUUCUGUGGAACGCUCCUCUAUUGUGCUCCAGAAGUAUAUACAGAGUACGCCGAGUACGAUGAGAAUGGCUAUCGUAACAGGGGCAAAAAGUCACGCCGGAUGCCAGGUCAGAGGUACAGCCACGCUGUAGAUAUCUGGUCACUCGCUGGCGUUCUUUUCUUCACACUAACCAAAUCGCCUCCCUACCCCGUGAAGACCGGCAUCAGUCACUCAGAGCUUCUUCAUAAGAUCAUGACGACUCGGUUGGGCAUUGCGCCACUUCAGGAGUUCAGCGUAUCAGAGGAUGGAAUCGACUUCUUAUCCCGCAUGCUGCAAAGAAGGCCAGAACAGAGAGCGACAAUUGAGGAGCUAGCUGAACAUCCCUGGCUUGGGGGCCAUGGAUCAUCUAUUCAAGCAUCUCAAUCUUUUGACGAAAUAACCGACGAUGAGGAUAUGGCAGCGCAACUAAUGGAUCUACCUUGGAACGAUCAGGGAAGAAUAAUCGACGUAUCAGACGACGAAUCCGAAAAGGAAAACGGGGCCAACUUUCGACCUGGACGCCGGUCACAGCAGCAACGUCUCUUUGGUGAAGUCGGCAUAUCAGCUAUCGGCAGCUCAGGGGUCAUUCCAGGCGACUUCCUAAAUCUACCAGCGGAUGAUACAAGCAUGAGAGAGACAGAAAUUCUAGGCCCAGAUGGGGAUGAAGCAUAUGACUCGGGUGAGGAUAUAGCACGAGCUCGUGCUCUGUCGCAUUUCCACCAAUCUGCAGAUCAGCUGCAAAGCUUGGUGGAGAACGUGGCCUCUCAAAGUCUCGGUGAUAAGGAGAAUGAACCCGCACAGCCAGAUUUGUUGUCAUCUCGGUAUCAGUCGGACUACCUGAAUGGCAGUAAGAGGAAACCCCCUUCGCAGGAACUGAGUGACUUGUCAGACGAAAAUACCCCUACCGAAAAGCCUUUCAUAAAGCGGCUCAAAUCGGAGAGCAAUAUAGAGGGACUGUCUGAAGGCGCUAUUGAGGAACUGAGGCUACUGGCAUGCAUUCCCCAGAUUAACAGACUAAGCUCUGGUCGACAGCUAGAUGAGCCAGUUGACAAGGUCACGUUCUGGGAGCAGGAUAGAACCACAUGGCACCUGAAUUAUCCCGAAAUGACUCAGUUGCAGUAUGAUGCUUUUAAUCAGGCUGCUCGAGACAGAGGAGAAAAGUUCAGGCCUGGUCAAACGCCGCUAUGGGACUUGGCUAGAAGAUAUUUCCCUCCAACCCCAAGGAUGGUCGAGCAGCCAAGACAGGACGUGGCCGACUUUCCUCCGACGGCAAUGCCAACUGAUAUCGAGUCUAUUCCAGACACCCUGCAGCCCGAUCCUAAGAUCGAAUAUACCAUUCCUGCGGUCGGCGCAAGAGCAAUUGGUCUAAUCGAGUCCAGCAUGACUUCUCUAAUCAAUGGUGUCUCCUUUCCAAUUACGGACUCCCUUGUCUCCUUUGGGCGAGGACCGGAAAACACAGAGGUCUUCGAACCUCCGUCCGAGUCCCGCAUACCCAAAUAUGCGUUCAAGAUUCUGCUUUGGAAAGAAGGGUAUGAUCCCGCAAGAGAUCCCGCCAAAGUGGUCCCUCCAUGGGUGCAUUCUUCAGCGGCAGACGAAAGCAGCUACGGUUUCUACCUAUCCACAAAAGCAACUCUUGGUAUCCGCGUGAAUGGUCAGGUGGUCCCCUCAUCGGAUGCUAAGAACCCGAGCGGGCCAUCACGAUACUGGACGCGGAUUCACGAUGGCGAUGAUCUCGUCGUUUGGGGUCAAGAACCCCAUAAUCAAACAAGCCUAACAUUUCGCUGCUUCUGGGGCUCAUCGUCAAGCCCCCGACAGGACAGAAAUCACGCCCUGGAGUUUGCGCCCGAGGAACUGGCCCAGCAACUUGACCUUGCCUGUCAGAGAACCGAGAAACGCAUCCGUGAUGCAGGUGAAAAACGACUCAAGAACGGCGCCGCCAUAUCAGAUCUCGAAGUACGCACCCGCACGGUUGACCUGGAACGUGCUAGAAGCAUAGAGUUUGAGCAGAGAAGGCAAGAGGCCAUCACGUUUAUCCAGGCACGACAACUGCCAAACUCCAGGAGGUCGUCGCCCGCCAGCGCUCCACCCACAGUGACGAUGGGAAGGGUCCCUCCGCAACUGGCAUGA